AUUAAUGUGUUGGAUAUUCUUGCAAGUCCGCGACAAAUAUCUAGUUUUUAGUUUUACAGCAUCUAUUCGAGAGUUCGAUUGGGGCGAGAGCAACACGACAGCUGACAAUCGGCUUGUUGCGUCAGUCGUGAGGAGACGAGUUUCGGGAAUGAUGUAAACAGCACAUCGAAUUUCUGCUAAAAAGGACCUACAACCUCGCUGGUCUGCGUCCUUCUCCAAGAUGGGGAAACGGAAGAUCAAUUCGCAGAAUUGUUCACGCCGGACGAAGCGCAGGCGUGUCAACGCUAUACCAGUCGCUGAACAACAAAUGGCCGCUCAUUUGGCUAGUCUUGAGGAUGACAACGAUUCGGACUACCAGUGGGUCCCGUGCGCUGCUGCACCCAAUGUCAGGCUUAACUGUGAUGACCCAGUGGAUGGUCGUGGUGCAGCAGGGGCCUCAUCUGAUGAAAAUGAUUCAAAUCCAAGUGACAGCCCGGAGUCUGAUAGUGAUGGCAGCGAAGAUGACCCUUCAUCUCUUUCGGGAUCUGAUUAUGACAGUGAUGCUACUAGUGAUUCGUCACCAGAUGAAUCCCCUGAUGACUCAUCGUCAAGCAGUGAAAGUGAGGAUGACAAUGAUCCCGAGGAAGAUCCACCAUAUGAUAAUGACCCAGACGAAGAUCCACCACUUUAUCAGGAUGCUCCCAUAUCUGUUGGAGAAAGUGUCUUGUCCGUCUUGUCUCUUGCAUUGGCUCACAACUUGUCUGGUGCAUGUGUGGCGGAUAUUCUAAAACUGAUUGAAAUUCACUGUCCAGAGCCCAAUCGUUGUGUUAAUAGUCUGUACAAGUACAAAAAAUAUUUCUCUGCCUUGAAUUCUCCAUUGGUUCGUAGGUAUUACUGUUCUUUUUGUGAAAAUAUUUUGGGUGGUCAAGAUGAAGUGUGUGGACUGUGCCAACGACGUAGAGGUGUAAGCUUCUUCAUUGAAAUGCCAGUCAUACCACAGGUUAAAGCUUUGUUCAAACGCCCUGGGUUUUAUGAAUUAAUUAGGGAUAGAAUGAGGGAUAGGAGGAGACGGGUUGAUGGCAACUAUGAGGACAUUUAUGACGGGAUGGUGUACCAGCAGUACCAAAAUGAUGUUAAUAUACAGCCACACAAUAGUUUGUCUUUGAUGUGGUACACUGAUGGUGUCAGAAUUUUUAAGUCUAGUAAGGGGCAACUGUGGCCUUUCAUGUUAACUGUCAAUGAGCUGCCCUACUCCCACAGAACCAGGAUUGAAAACACUAUCAUUGCUGGUUUGUGGUUUGGGGAAAAUAAACCGAACCCCAUAUCUUUCCUUAGGUUUAUUCGGGAAGAUCUGAUUCAGCUUCGAAGGGGAGUCAAUGUUAAUUUGCCUGAUGGGAAUGAUCUUCAUAUUAGAGCCAGUGUUAUUAGUGGUACAUGUGAUUUACCUGCCAAGGGACUUUUUCUAAACAUGUGUCAAUAUAAUGGCUUGCAUGGUUGCCAGGUCUGUAAAUUUCGGACUACAAGACUGCAUCCAGCUCAUAUUAGGAAUCCUAAAAGAAUUUAUCCGUAUCCAAACCGAGCACUACAAUUGCGAACUGAUGCAGAGCAGCUGGUCUUUGCACGAAAUGCUUUUCAGGUAAGGAGACCUGUAAUGGGAGUGAAGGGGCCCUCAGCCUUAGCACCAAUUGUCCAGAGGCCUGUGGAAACCACAGCAAUUGAUGUCAUGCACCAAACAUUUUUAGGCCUUACUAAAUUUCUUGUCAAAGUGUGGUUUGAUCCUGAAUGGACUGAUAACCCAGCCUCUAUUUAUGCAUUGGCUCGUGUUGUCGAUGACAGGCUGCGAGCAGCUUGUCCACCUGGGUUUGUAGAGAGGCAUGUUCGUUCUAUUUCAGACCAUUAUAAAUAUUGGAAGGCUCAAGAACUGAAACUGUGGCUUUUAGUUUAUUCAUUACCAUUUACACAGGAUCUUCAUCAUCCUAGAUUUUCAAACCAUCACAAGCUUUUGGUGUUUGGCAUAAGUAUUUUGAGUAUGGAUAGUGUAUCACCUCAAAUGGUAGAAAUAGCAAGUGAAGCUUUUCAUGAGUAUGUUAGACAGUUUAGUGAUCUCUAUGGCAGAGACUGGAUGUCACCCAACUUGCAUUUACUUCUUCAUCUACCUAAAAAUGUGGAGAAGUUUGGACCAUUGUGGACCACUACUUGUUUCCCAUAUGAGAGUUUAAAUGGAGUGUUAAAAAAGUUUGUAACGGGCACAAGGUAUGCUGAUCUUCAGGUGUAUACUGCCGCUUCAAUGUUUCUUAAUCUAUGUGCCUUUAGAACAGAAAAGCUUGUUCCGGGGAGGAAGCCUCAUGCUUUUUGUGAGAGACUUGCACAUUAUCAAAAGAGAUAUGCUCUGACAAACAUAUCUGACAGAUUUGCAGUUGUAGGGAAACAAACGGAAACUAAUAAUUUACCAGAACAGGUAGUACAUGCACUCAUUGGCAUGGAUGUUGAGAACGCUAGAUUUCUUCAGUUUUAUCGCAUGUUUGACAAAAAAACAAAUAUUUUAUUUACAUCAUCAUGUUAUGUUAGGGGGGUGACAAGAAACUCUUCAUGCACUAAGUUUAUUCAUCAAGGCAGAGAAAUGUUUGGAAUUGUGCAUUCAUAUUUACAUGUUGUUCAAUGUGACUGUGACAGGCAAUGCGGUAAUUGUAUAAAUACUUUUUAUGCAGUGAUAAGGCAGUGUAGUGUUGCUGCGGCUUUUCGUGUGCCAGCUCUAGCAAAUGCUGUUCUGCCACUGAUCCAUCAACUAGUGAACAAUAUGGAUCAGUACCAUGCUGUGGAAGUCCACAGUUUAAUAUCAGUUUGCCACCUUUUGAAUGUUGGAGACUUACAUAGAUCAUACAUAAUAGAACCAGUCAAUACCAUGGAGGCUGAGUAGGAUUGUCUUUGCGUUUUCUUGGUUUACUUUUUCUUUGCCGGAAAACUUGGUAUCUGAAUACAUAAGUCUGUGUUAGAAAAUUAGUUUUAAUAAUUUAAUUUUCAUUGUUAAGAGAUGUGUUAUUACACUUGAAAAAAAGUCUUGCUUUGUGAUUGAAAUCCGUACUAAUGUAUCUUUAAACUGUGCACUAAAAGUGCACUAAUUUAGUUAUAAUAACUUACUUUUUAUUGUUAAGAGAUGUGUUAUUACACAUUAAAAAAAAAUGCUUAGUGAUUGAAAUCCGUACUAUUGUAUGUUUAAAUUGCGCACUAAAAGUGGAUUACGUACUUUACAAACUGUACUAUUGAACAGAAUUAACAUCUUAAGUUUAUUAAUGCCUGGCUCAGCCAGUAGUGAUUGAAACCCGUUAAAUGGUAUAUUUACAUUGUUAACUAAAAACGUACUUGACAAACUGUAGUCUUGAACCCAAUCCCUAUCUUUAGCUAAUUAAUGCCUGGCCUAGCCAGUUUGUCUUAUUUUCUUAAUUGUUCCAUAUUGUAUCUCAAGUACUUCCCGGUAACUCACUUGUUGGCUGAGCGAUUAGCAAAGCCUAUUAUUCCAGUGAUGAUCAAAAAGGUUCGCGUCUGUCUGUGUGUGUGUCUGUCUGAACGCACGAUAACUCGAGAACGAAUUCAGCUAGUAAUUUUAAAAGUAUUCUUUUGAUGUUACCAAGAACAUUGUGUUUGCGCUAAUUCUCCUUGGAAUACACAGAUGUUUCUUAUUGAACUGUAAUUUGUUUUCAUUAAGCUUCUAUAAAUGAAUUUUUUUUAUAUGAUUGAA